AUGUCAGACCCUCAGUGGCUUUGGGACCCCUUGUUCGUCUGCCAGAUGGGGCCGCUCCAGGAAGAAAAGACAUGUUGCGGUAUUACCAAAAAAGGAGAUGCCUGUAAGCUCGUUGUGAAAAAAGAGACCCUGAAAGAGGGUCGGCAAAGGUUGAGCAACCUUGCGCGGAGCCCAUUCGACCUUUCAACACUCGACUCUCAACUGAAUGGCAUUGUCUCCUUUUUCCUCUGCAAGAAGUGGCAUCGAAGCCGUCAGCAGAGCGAUGUCAAACAGCGGUGGUUCGACGCAGCGGUGCGUAACCAGACCCAGGCGCAGACAUCUUCACACCGCGGCUUCUCACCAUCUACAGCGGAAGUCAGUGACUCGCAACAAAGGUUACAAAGGUCUUUCGAGACAGAAGCGCUUUAUGAUUUGAUGUUGGAGUUUGAUGAGAUUGACUACCCUGAGUUUACUACGCCCACAAGGAUGGGUUCAUCUCAGCCUUCUGGUCGGGAGGUCACAGUUCAUAUGCUCACGACGAAUGGGGUCCGCUGGGACGUUUCACCUGAUGACCCGGCCAUCCUCUCCGUCAGGAAUGAAUAUGGCAGAGUGCGCUCUAUUCAGCUCCACGCAUUCCGCCAAGGGUCCUGUCCAGAUAGUGAGAUGUGUCCAAUUUGCUUUGAGGAAGUCAGCGAUAGCCCCAUCAUACUGCAAUGCGAUACAUGUAAGGGGGUGGUUCAUUUGAAAUGCAUGGAGGGCUGGCUUGCCCAUCGAUUACCCCGGAAUCGUACUUCCUGCCCGAUACAUCGAUGCAACGGGUCUUUCACUGCUCUCCUUUCCUCUUCAUUGGCUGGGAAUGCCACUAGCGAGUCGAACAUAGAAGAAUGCCCCGAAGACACAGGCACACGAGUAGGAGGGCCGACCGCCCCAACGGCAUCCUCGCAGCGUGGGUCGCCUCCACUUGCCCGGCGGUCAAACCGUUCUCCGGUCUCUGGCGCUUCAAGCCCAUCAUUGUCUCGUCGAUCAGCUCGAUCGAGACGGGUUCCCGACCGCUUUCGGCCAUAG